AUGGUUCAAAAGGCUUCGAAUCGGUUUUCCUGUCCUGGGUGUGAAAAAAACAACUUUCGGAGUCUGAAUAGCGUCAAAACCCAUUUUUUAAGUCAGCGGCACACUUUUCAGUGUCCUGUUUGCCAAAAUCCUUUCAAGGAUGAGAUGAGUCUUAUACAGCAUUAUCAGAAGUAUAAUAAGUCCACUUCACCGGGUAUACGAAACUAUGUCCCUCGGGUGCUGUCACCAAUUAUACCAUCAUCAAGUACAGCGUUGAUACCAGUUAUGCAGUCGAGAGCAGUACAAACAGAUUACCAGAACAAAGCCUUGGAACUCUUCAAGCAGGGUCUAGAGCUUCCAUAUGGCCAAGCGUUGAACCAAGCUAUUCCACUUGCUUAUAUUCCAGUAAUAAACUCUGAAAAUGGGCCUACACUAGAAGCUCCACAGCAUGUUACACCUGGAGCCACACUUUAUCAAGUUAUACACCCUUCAGAGUACAAUCUCAUCUUGCGAUACCUACGUUCAAGGUGCCAUUCACGAGCUCGUCUCCAGACAGAAGGAUACAUGCCAAACCUUGAAUAUGUGGAAAACAAGAAACUGCCAUGGAAGGGGUCUAUUAGAAGAGAUGACUUUCGAGCAAGACCUCGCAGUGGAUUUCAGGCAGCGGGCAGUGUUUGUGCUAUUGCUAUUGACUGCGAGAUGGUUGGAGUCCGACAUGGUCGCCAAACACUCGCUUUUCUCAGUGCUAUUGAUUUUUUGACUGGGAAGGUGCUCAUAAGUCAAUUUGUCAAUCCAGAAGAGAAGGUGAUUGAUUGGAGAUUUAAGUUUAGUGGUGUGACACAGGAGAUCAUGAGUGCGGCUGUUCAAUCUGGUGCAGCACUUGAAAGCUGGCGAGAGGCACGCAAUAAACUAUGGAAGUUUAUGGAUGAUUCAACCGUCUUAGUUGGUCAUUCUCUCAACUAUGAUCUCGAAGUACUAGGCAUAUCUCAUGCGAACGUUGUUGACAGUUCAGUCUUGAUUGCUGAGACAGUCUUCCCUUCCAUCAUAUCAACAAAGACAUUUCCCCGUCAUUGGGCGUUGAAAACAAUUGCAAAGGAUCUCUUAAGCUUGGCUAUACAGAAUGGAGAGUGCGGCCAUAUUGCUUUAGAAGAUGCAUUUGCAGCACGAGAUGUCGUCAUCUGGUGCAUCAGAAACCCGGAGGAACUUAAAUCAUGGUCAGAAAUCUCUCGAUUGCAGGAAGAGCAGAAACUCACACAAAAAAGACAAAGACAUGGUAAAGGAAAGGUCAAGGGGAAGCUACCUGUCAGCAAUUCAACUCAAAACUGGAAAUAUGAUACUGGACAAGACUAUCAUCCCGAAGAUAUUCGAUUGUCGGACUACGCGGAGGAGCUUGGAUGGCCUGAAGGAUACGACCCUUGGAUAGUGAGAAACUACUUUGAUGCUAGAAAUUGA